GAGGAAAGAGAGAGAUCCCUUUCACGUGCUCAAUUGCCCCGCGGAAGGCUUGAAACGAUUUGGAAACAGCAACUUUGUCGUGCUAAGAACCUGGUUAACGAAGCACCUAGCAGUCUGCAUAUGUCAGCUGAAGCAAGGAUCUUACAACUCCAUUCAUUUUACUGUUUACAACGUCACAGGAGAGAAGGCUGAAAGAAAGUCUCACGAGGCUGUCAUAAUCCUACCUUACGUCCAUUUAAUGACCAAUUGACAACAAAUCGUGGCACGGUUCAUAUAGGAACAAUACACAUCUACCGCUACUUCCAAUCCGACACAUACCUCUGCCUAUACUUUCCGUCCUUGUACCAUUUUUGUCGUACGAAACCGCGUUCCCACGAUCCAAAAUGGCGUCUGCACCGAGCAAUGCUCCAAUUAGCACAACGAGACUCAAGCAGAUAGCGAUGGACGCUUGCCAGAGCGCCAUCGGUAGUGCAGAGUUUUACGAGCAUUCGAAGGUUGAAGGUUGGAACGGUACUAUAAUUAAUUCAAUCCUCCGAGCCGUCAUAUCAGAAUCGACUCCAUCAAGCUCCCAGAUCCCGGCUCAUAAAUUCGUGGUCAAUAGCACCAUCGUCCAACAUCUCGUCCCGACUUCUGCCCUGAACAAGCCCAAAGGCGGUAGCGAAGCAAAGGCCGAUGGACCGCUCAUCAGCACGAGCGACGGCGGUAACGCGACUGCUACGGACGGCAAGCCGCACGUCGGCCGACGAGGCAUGCAUUCAGCAACCCAAGCGUUCUGGAAUGAGAAGACAGAUGGCAUGUGGAGUUUCAAAUAUGACGGUGGAGAGGGCAAGGGCAUGGACGUCGUCAUCAGCAUCAUCUGGGUCGGCAUAUAAGAAUUCGCCAUCAGUUGGAUCUACGGAUAGGACCCUUGUAUAACCAUCUUGUAUGUCUACGGUGAAGAGGGAGUGAAUUUGAUGGACGCCUUCUCGAAACCUUGGGUUAUGCUAAGCCAUGUUUCUAGCACUGCGGUGUAUCACCACUGGAAUAGUAAUUGCAGCGACGGCCUACUUAAUUUACCAUCUAUCUUUAUUGCCUAUGUUGAUAUAGAACUCGACGCCGGUGCCCUUUAUCCUCGGUACUUCGCGUCUUUUGUUUGUUAUGUCAUUGAUGAGGUACCUCUCGCACACAUCGGUACUAUGUACAAACAGCAAGUUGCGGUUGACCGAGUCUGUACUUCCAAUCAAUCAUCACAAACCUAGCACAUUGAUAAGUUGUUCAAUCUCAUCUAUACUUAUACUAUAUUUGAUCGACUUUAGCCAACUUCAAAUCUCUGUACAUUCUAUCUUUUCGCUAAAAAGCAGCAUGAGAGUUAUCCUCUUAAUCCGCAUAGAUUUUUUCGGUCAAGGUACUAAUGGAGAUGAAUAUAGAAUUAUAC